AUGUCAUCCCUUCCAAAUAAUAAAAAUGCCAUUCUAGAUACUAGUAAAAAGCUUGAUCCUCUAGAUAGAAAGACAUUAUUUGUUCGUUCUAUCCCAGUUGAAGCUACUGACGAGGAAUUAUCAAAUUUUUUUUCUCAAUUUGCACCAAUUAGACAUGCAGUUAUAGUCAAAAAUGAAAAUAACGAAUCUAGAAGAUUUGGGUUUGUCACAUUCGCAGAUGAUGAAGAUGCCAAACAAGCUUUAGAGAAGAGUAGAAAAGUUACCUUUAAAAAAGGAUUACUUAAAAUUGAUAUUGCCAAGAGAAGAGAACGUAAACAACCAGUAACUAGUGAUAGUAAAAGAGCUGGCGCAAACGAAGAUAACCCGCAAAAUAAAAAUACGGUUGAUGACGGAUUUAAAGGUAAACCAAAGUUGAUCAUUAGAAAUAUGCCAUGGAGCUGCCGUGAUCCUAAUAAAUUAAAGAAGAUUUUUACCAGAUUUGGAAUCGUCGAGGAUGCUUAUAUUCCCCGUAAAACAGGUGGUAAAAUGAGUGGAUUUGCAUUUGUAACGAUGAAAAAAAUUGUCUCUUGUAGAAAAGCUGUUGAAGGCUGUAAAGAUCUGAAGAUUGAUGGUAGAACUGUUGCUGUUGAUUUUGCUGUUGACAAAAAUAGAUGGGAACAUAACAAAGAAAAAGAGAAUCAAGACGAAGAAGAAGAAGAAGAAGAAGAAGGUGAAGAAGAUGAUGAUGAUGAUGAUAACGAAGAAGAAGAUGAUGAUGAUGAUGAUGAUGAAAAAGAAGAUGAUGAUAAUGAUGAUGAAGAUUUAAAAGAUAUUCCGGAAGUAAAAGAAGAAGAAGCUAAACGUCCAAAGAAAAACACAAAGGAAAGGUUUUCCGUGUUUGUUAGAAAUGUUCCAUACGAUGCUACCGAGGAUUCCUUGAGUUCUCAUUUCAGUAAAUUUGGAGCUGUUAAAUAUGCUUUGCCAGUCAUUGACAAAGAGACAGGCUUACCGAAAGGUACUGCUUUUGUUGCAUUUAGAGAUGAAGUAUCUUAUAAAAAGUGUAUUGACAAAGCACCAUCAACAAAUAUUACCUCUUUAUUGAUUAGUGAUGAUGUUGCACCUGAAUAUGUCUAUGAAGGUAGAGUAUUAUCUAUUACGCCAACAUUAGAUAGAGAUACCGCUAAUAGAGUGUCCGAAAAAAAGGCGUUACAUAGGAAGGAAAUGUUGGGCAAAGCCCCUAGCGAAAAGGAUAGACGUAACUUAUAUUUGUUAAAUGAAGGACGUAUUAACGAAAAUUCGAAAUUGGCACAGGUUCUUUCUCCUUCUGAUUUGGAAAUUAGAGAAAAGUCAUAUCAAUUAAGAGUUCAACAAUUAAAAACUAAUCCAUCAUUGCAUUUAUCCCUUACAAGAUUGGCAAUUAGGAACAUACCUCGUUCGAUGACUGAAAAGGCAUUAAAAGCACUAGCUCGUAAAGCUGUUGUUCAAUUUGCCACAGAAAUUAAGGAAGGGAAAAGACAUGAAUUGAGCAAAGAAGAAAUCGAUAGAUCUACAAGGGAAAAGUAUCGUUUUAUGACCUUAAAGGAAAUCGAGCAAUCAAAGGCAAAUAAAAGUAAAAAAAAUAAGAAACAGGGUUUAGUAAAGCAGGCUAAAAUUAUUAUGGAAGUUAAAGGGAGUACAAUUGGUAGAAGUAGAGGAUAUGGGUUUGUUGAAUACAAAGAUCAUAAAUCCGCUUUAAUGGGGUUAAGAUGGUUAAAUGCCCAUGAAGUCACAAAACAAGAAAUAUUUGAAGGUUUAACUCCUGAAGAAAAGAAAAGUUUAGAUACAGAGGGCUUUUCCAAAAGAAGGUUAGUUGUCGAAUUUGCGGUAGAGAAUGCUACUGUUAUUAAAAGAAGAAAGGAAAAAUAUCAACAAUUUUUGAAAAAGAAGGAACUAGAAAGCAAAGAGGGAGAAAAACGAAACCAUGAUAAUGAAGAUGAUGAUGAUGGCCAAUUAUUAAAAAAAAAACAAAAAAUAAAUCAUCAAAAUGUUAAGUUAAACGAAAUGGAAAAAAACAAAACUUAUGGUGAAUCCACUAAACUGAAUAACACUAAACUGACUGACGAUGUUAAAAGAAUUAUCAGUAUGAAACGUAAGAGAAGACGUAAUAAAAAUUAA